GGCACGGCAUAGCUGAAAACCUCCAGCGGAACAAAUGAAAACGAAAACUACUCUUUCAUGUGGAUUAAUUCAGAGGCGAGACACCCACUCGAAGUGAGAAACCCUUUUAGCGAAAUUGUACCGACUGACGAGGAUUGGGACAUUUGCUACUGUACGAUAACACCGCCGGAUGGUCUCUCCUGCCCCGCCGCUAAGGUCGCUGGCUAAGAGGAACAGCCGAUAAUGCACGGCAUCUGCUCUGCAGCCACACCCACUUCCUGCUUGUAGAGGAAGCGGCUGUGCCAGCAUGUCCUCUCAUCCCCAGUCUGUGCCGCCGGGCCGGAGGACUGUGGACACACGGCACCUGCCAAACCCUGCCACUUUACCACUGCAGCUGCAGCGGGCACACACGGAAAUGGGACUGGUUGACUACCACUCUCAUCAUGCCAGGGACUACAGCUCGCACCUGGCCCAGCCCCAUCGCCGUCGGCCCUCCUUACUUUCAGAGUUCCAGCCUGGGAAUGAAAGAGGACAAGAGCAGCAUAUCCGUUACGAACACAUCUACCUACCAGACCCUAGCAGCCAAUCGGAGGUGGAGUAUGAGAUGAAACGGCCUCGUUUAGAGAUGGGACCAGAGUCUCUGAUGAGGCCCUCGUCUCACCGGUCUCAGCUGCCUAUGGGAGGAGCUGAGGAUAUGGCAAAGGAGCGUGGGAGUUCCAUGGGGAAGCUCGAGCCAAUCUCCCCAGUGAGCCCAGUGCACAUGGACCCCGACAUGGAUCUGGUGCCGGCUCGCUUCUCCAAGGAGGAGCUGAUCCAGAACAUGGACCGGGUGGACAGGGAGAUCACUAUGGUGGAGCAGCAGAUCUGCAAGCUUCGCAAGAAACAGCAACAGCUGGAGGAGGAGGCUGCAAAGCCCCAUGAGCCAGAGCGGCCCAUUUCACCACCACCUAGUGAGGCCAAGCACCGCAGCCUGGUGCAGAUCAUCUACGAUGAAAACAGGAAAAAAGCAGAGGAGGCUCACAGGAUACUGGAGGGACUGGGACCCAGGGUAGAACUGCCUCUGUACAAUCAGCCUUCUGAUACCAAGCAGUACCAUGAGAACAUCAAAAUAAACCAGGCGAUGAGGAAGAAGCUCAUCUUAUACUUCAAGAGGAGAAAUCAUGCUCGUAAGCAGUGGGAACAGAAAUUUUGCCAGCGCUAUGACCAGCUGAUGGAAGCCUGGGAGAAGAAGGUGGAGCGCAUAGAGAGCAACCCGCGGCGCCGAGCCAAGGAGAGCAAGGUGCGGGAAUACUACGAAAAACAGUUCCCAGAGAUCCGCAAGCAAAGAGAGAUGCAGGAGCGCAUGCAGAGCCGUGUUGGGCAACGAGGAGGUGGGCUGACCUCAUCUGCAGCUCGCAGUGAGCAUGAGGUCUCUGAGAUCAUUGAUGGGAUAUCAGAGCAUGAGAACACAGAGAAGCAAAUGCGACAGCUGGCGGUCAUUCCUCCCAUGCUGUUUGACGCUGAGCAGCAACGCAUCAAGUUCAUCAACAUGAAUGGAUUGAUGGAUGACCCCAUGAAGGUGUACAAGGACCGGCAGGUCAUGAAUAUGUGGAGCGAACAGGAGAAGGACACUUUCAGAGAGAAGUUCAUUCAGCACCCCAAAAACUUUGGUCUGAUUGCGUCUUGUCUGGAGAGAAAGACGGUGGCGGAGUGUGUGCUGUUUUACUAUCUGACCAAAAAGAAUGAAAACUACAAGAACAUAGUGCGGAGGAACUACAGACGCCGGGGAAGAAGCCAGCACGGCCAGCAGCAACAGCAGCAGCAACAAGUGAACCGAAGCAGCCAGGAAGAGAAGGAGAAGGAGGAGAAAGAGAAGGAGGGAGAGAGGGAUGAAGAAAAAAAUGAAGCCGAAGACAAGGAAGAUGGAAUGAAGGAUGACACCUCUGGAGAAGACGCAGAGGACAAAGAGCCUACAGUGGCUUCCAAGGGUCGACGCACAGCCAACAGCCAGGGGCGCCGCAAAGGCCGCAUCACCCGCUCUAUGACCAGUGAAGUGGAGGAGACCACCACACCACCUCUCAACAAUGAGCUCGCCAAUCUGGAGAUGAAUGAGAGCUCUCGCUGGACUGAAGAAGAGAUGGAAACUGCCAAAAAAGGCCUUCUCCAAUAUGGUAGGAAUUGGUCUGCCAUCGCGAAGAUGGUGGGAUCAAAAACCGUGUCUCAGUGCAAGAACUUCUACUUCAACUACAAGAAGAGGCAAAAACUGGAUGAGAUUCUGCAGCAGCAUAAAAUGAAAUCGGAGAAGGAGCGAAAGGCCCGUCGUAGGGGGAAAGCCCUACUGAAUGAGGAGGCCAGUGCCCCUUACACAGCAGAGGAGGAGGAGAUGAUGGAGGGUUCAGGGGCCAGCGGCAAUGAAGAGGAGGCCGCUGAAGAUGGAGAAGGUGGAGCGAACAACAGCUCUGACACAGAGAGCUUGCCUUCACCACAUUCAUCAGAUGACAGCAAGACUAAGGAGGAUGGCUCGGGCAGGUCCAAGGCAAGCUCCAAUGCCGGGGACAAGGAGGGAGACAUGGGCCAGGCCGGGGAUGAGAAACCCCCAGUCAAAGAAGAUGCAGACACAUCUAUCAAACAGGAGAUAAAGACUGAGAUAGGGGAACCUAACAAGGAGCAGCUGCAGCUGCCACCCAGCGAUGCCACAGACAAGAAACCUCCUACAGCAGAGACUGAGGAAGUCAAGAGCUCCACUAAGAGCUCCAAGAAGGACCAUGGGACCAAAACGGGCUCCCAUGGGGACAGUGACUCUAGUGCCACUUGCAGCGCUGAUGAGGUGGAAGAGACAGACAACACAGAUAAAAACAGAAUGACUUCUCCACGUCCAAGCCUGCUGAACUACGCUCAUGAUGGGGUCAUAUCCUCCUCGCUGCAGAAGCCCAUGGACCUCAAACAGCUCAAACAGAGGGCUGCUGCUAUACCGCCUAUUAUGCCAGAAGCGUCUGUACAGGGCAGUCAGCGGAGUGGGGGCAAGGGCUUGCUGCCCCCCCACGCCCUGGCACUGUACCAGCAACAGAUCACCAUGGCUCACGGGGAGUCCUCUCAGGAGGUCAAACAACAACUGCAGCAGCAGCAGCUUUCAGGCCAGUCGGGCAAACAGCAGCCUUACACCUCGCAGGGAGACAGAGACAGGGAGGCUCUUCACAGCAGCAGCCCUCGUAUCCGCCCACGCAGCCCCUCCGCCGGCGACAAGGAUGAAAAGUCCCGGUCCUUCUCUCCGCAUGGUGAAGCCAAGCGGCAGGCAAUGUGCCCCGAUGACCUGAGGACCUCUAACUUGGGUCGGCCAGUUCUAUCCCCUUACCCCAUGUCCCCACGAGACAUGGUCAAGAUCAGUCACGACCAGCACCUGCUCCACUACUCGUUCCAGCAAGCAGGCCACCCUGCACUCCCAAAUCUGCCACAGGAUAGUGGCAGACUGGCGGCAGUGAGACCCCACACGAUGCCGGAACCACCGCCUCUUAUUUCCUCCACCAAGCCAGGGGGCUCCAUCACACAGGGCACCCCAGUGCAGUUGCACAGCCCAGCUCAUGGGUUGGACCAUGGGAAGAUGCCUCCUACACAGAUGGGCUUGCCUUGGAUGGAUCAGAGGAAAGUUGCAGGUCCGUUCCCCGUGAUAAAGCAGGAACAGUUAUCCCCUCGCAGCUCGUCGUCUCAAGGUGACAACAUGUCGACCCAGGGGACACCUCAUGAUAGCCCCGCUGGAAGAGCUUCCAUUCCAGCUGUUCAGGGAGGUAGUAUCACUAAGGGCAUCCCAGGGACCAGAAUGCACGAUUCCCCCAUCUCCUACCGAGGGGGCUCCAUCACUCAGGGGACACCGGCUGAUGUGCUGUAUAAGGGAACCAUAACCCGUCUGAUCAAAGAGGACAGUGCCACCCGAGCCGAGAGGGAGCGGGAUGAAGCACUGUCUAAAGCCCACGUAGUCUACGAGGGCAUAAGUGCGCACAUCCUCACAUAUGACCGCCCGCCUUCUCAGACCCCUAAAGAUGAGGGGAGAGGCCCUGGGCAGCCAGGGGAAAUUCUUGGCCUGAAGCGUCCAUAUGAUGUUAUGGAGGGAGGCAUCUCCAGAGGACUGCCUAUGAGGGAUUCACUGUCUGCUGCCAACUGUGAAGGUCUGAUGGUUCGAGCCAUGCCUCACGAUAGGGACAGUCCACACCACACACCUUACAAGGAUGCUCACCAUAUCCGUGGUUCCAUCUCACAAGGUAUACCUCGUCAUCUGGACCCUCAGGAUGGCUAUCUGAGGAGGGAGGCUAAGCAGAUGAAGAGAGAGGGCUCUCCAACCCAUGGACCUGGUUCACUUUCUGAUCCAAUAAAAGGCAGAGAGUCCAUGGUGCCCACGGUGAAGGAGCCUGGGCGCUCCAUCCACCUCAUUCCCAGGGAGGAGCUCAGACAGCCUUCUAAGGAGGGCAUCAUAACACAGGGAACACCCAUGAAGCAGGAAGCAGCUGGUUCAGGGAAACGUCAUGAUGUCCGCUCCAUCAUAGCCAGUUCACCACGUUCCUACCACAACACACCCCCACAUCUGGAGAUGCGUGCAGAGAGGGGGCGCUACGAAGAGGCACCCAAAGGGCGCCCCAGUGCAGUGGUCAGCACAGCUAGCUCGAUAGCCCGCUCCUCCCCUCUGACACUGGGGUCCGAGCAGGGAGGCAAGGCCCAUCACAGUCCAGUGGGCUAUGAUGACAAAGGCGCCUUAAGGAACCCUUACCCUGGACCCUCACAUCGUGGCUCCCCCCUUUCCAGGGAGGCAAGCCAAAGGCAGCAUGAUGGUUCCAGUAAGAAUCAGCCUCAAGAACGUAAAUCCACACCAACCCCCAGGGAGAUGAGCGCUACCAAAUCACCAAUCCCAGGUGUUCCUGAUCAGCAGACUUAUGAGCGUCUUCUGCAGGGUCUCGGAGCUGCAGAUGUUUACCGUCAAAUCCCCUUGGCCUUCGAUCCUGCAUCGCUGCCCCGUGGUAUACCCAUUGACCCAGCCGCCUACUACUUGCCUCGCCACCUAGCCCCCAACCCAGCAUACCCUCAUCCCUACCCCUACCUCAUUCGUGGCUUUCCUGACACUGCAGCUCUGGAGAACCGCCAGACACUGCUCAAUGACUACAUCACCUCCCAGCAGAUGCACCAGUGGCCCGCAGCAGCUGCCAUGGCUGCCCAGCGCUCAGAUCUGCUGAGGGGCCUCACUCCACGAGACCAGCCCCUUCCUCUGCAGUAUUCUGCAGCCCCUCGUGGAAUCAUCGAUCUAUCUCAGGUGCCACACUUACCUGUCCUGGUCCCUCCCUCUGCAGGGGCAGCCGGUUCACCAAUGGAUCGCAUCACCUACAUCCCGGGGGCAAGCACCACCUUCCCUGGCAGGCCUUACACCACCUCCCCCAUCUCACCCGUUGGCUCCUCGCACAUGAACAAGAUGCAAGGCACGUCCUCGUCUUCAGAACGCGAGCGCGAAAGAGACCGCGAACGCGACAGAGAGCGCGAACGGGACCGGGAGAAAGACAGAGAGCGGGAGAGAGAAAGGGAGCGUGAACGUGACCGGGAGAGAGAUCGCGAAAGAGAACGGGAGAGAGAACGCGAAAGGGACCGGGACAGAGACAGGGAGAGAGACAGAGAGCGCGACCGAGAGAAAGGAGGGUCACUCGGAAAUGUGGAGCACGCCCCCAUUUGGCGACCAGGUACAGAGCACAGCUUGGCAAGCAGCAGUAGCAGUGUGAGACCUUCCUCCCAGCCGUACAGCCACCAGCACUCCCCAGUGUCCCCUCGCACCCAGGAGAACGUGCAGCAGAGGCCGAGUGUGCUGCACAACACUGGGGGCAAGAGUCUUUCUGUUGGAGAACACUCCAGCUCAUCUGUGUUAAGGUCCAUGGCCCCAGGGCCAGCCCGCUACCAAGGUUACCCUGGCCACCUCCAAAGGACAGGUGUGCCCCCUGAAGCCUACCCACCUGCCAUGGACUCGAGCAUGGCCAAAGAGCAGAGUCGCGACGCAGGCAAAAACAGGGGAGGUCUACUCAAGCAUGUACAGGACCAGCACGGGCCCUCCGGUAAAUCUGACCCCAAGCUGUCCAGUCCCAGCCAAGGAGGAAUGUACCCAGGUUCCUAUACCUCGGCUUCGAGCCGGCCACAGCACCUGCUGCCUCCCCAGUCGGAUAACCCUCCUGGCCGUGGAGAAUGCGGUACACCUAGUAGGGAAAAGACUCAAAACAAACCGAUGUCCAUUCAGGAACAAGAGCUCCGAGCACUCGGUAAGACCACCAUGACUGCGGCCAACUUCAUAAACGCGAUUAUUAUGCGUCAAAUUUCUUGUGAAACGGGGAUGCCAGAGACGGGCUCGCUUGUUGCCAGCAGCGCCACUGAUGCUCAACAGAAGAUGGAGCCACAUGGUUUGUACCGUCCUCCGUCUGAGGAGAGGCUGUCCCCUGGCCAGCAGCCCCCGUCCCCCUGUGUGAAAGGCAGCCAGAGGGUGGUCACCCUGGCCCAGCACAUCAGUGAAGUGAUAACUAAAGACUACACCAGGCAGAGCCAACAGCAGCAGCAAAGCUACCACGGCUCUCCUGUCCUGGACUUGACCCGUCCACCCAGUGCCUCCCAGCCCCACACUUCACAGGAGGCUGCCCAGGGGUCCCGCUAUUCAGAGGGUCUCGUAGGAGAACGCAACAGAGAUAGGUCUCCCCCUCAACCCAAGACAUCACCUAUCAGUGUUUCUAAUGAUGGCAUUGAACCAGUAUCUCCUGCUGGAGCCAACUCUGAACCUGAAGUCCAAGGAGGGGCCUCCUACCCCAAUGAGCAGGGAGAGCAAGGAAUGGGCUCCCGUUCCCCUCCCAACACCUCCCAGCCUCCAGCUUUCUUCAGCAAGCUGACGGAGAACACCUCCGCUAUCGUGAAGUCAAAGAAACAGGAGAUGAUCAAGAAGAUGACCGUGGUGGGAAGUGACGGCGAUUUCAAUGCUGGUCAGCCCGGAACAGAGAUCUUUAAUAUGCCAGCGUCUACAAUAGCAGGAACCGUGAGUGUCCGCAGCCACCCAGCUCCAGAGGCACCUGGUAACUCAAUAGGCCUGGAGGCCAUUAUAAGAAAGGCCUUAAUGGGCAAAUACGAUGAGUCUGAGGAGCGCUCCCCAUCCAACGCUGCUAACCAGAUGGGUUCCAGUGGAGCUGCUGCUAUGUCUGAUGGACGUGCAGAGGACUGUUUCUCACAAGGUGGUGGGAAGUCCUCAAAGGGCAGUGGGCGCUCUAAUGGGCGCAAAGCAAAGUCUCCAGGACCAGGCCUUUCAGGAGGGGAGAGACCGUCCUCUGUGUCCUCAGUCCACUCAGAGGGAGACUGCAACAGACGAACUCCCCUUACUACACGUGUCUGGGAGGACCGACCAUCAUCUACAGGUUCAACUCAAACCCCCUUCCCGUGCAACCCGCUGAUCAUGCGUUUCCCCAGCGGGACGGUGUCUGCUCCCUCCCCAUCCUCCGGCCAGCCAGGAGGCCAGGGUCCGGGGUCAGUACCUGGACAGGGUCGCUCCUGGGAAGAGGAGCCCAAGCCUCUGCUCAUGUCUCAGUACGAGACUCUGUCUGACAGCGAGUGACCCAAAAUGCUAACGCACAACAGGACCCGCUAAACAGUCCACCACCUCCGUGCUGCUGCAGCCACACACACACACACACAUACACACAAACACACACACACACACACACAUAUACACACAUACACACACACUCUCACAGGGCGUACAUCUACCGAGGCAUCUGCAAACCUACCUGCACCAUUCCACUCUGCAUUUCCUCCAUUGGUCGUCAAGCAAGGAUCGCAGAGCACCGUCGAGCUGGAACACUGCAGCUCCGUGUGUGUGUGUGUGUGUGUGUGUAUGUUUGUGCUUAACGUGUAAUGCAUUCACUCCAGGACUACUCUAAAGGACAAAUCACUUUUUAUUUUAUUUUUAACUUUACUACUUUUUCCUCACUGGCCUUAUAAAUACAGACACAUUGACCUGCACCUCUCGGGGUGCACCGCUCUAAUGUGCUUACACGUGUGUGGACGGGGACUCGGAGGUCAUCUUGUUGGUCUGGUCAGGAGCCUGACGGCGGCUGCUCUAGUGACAGAUUUCGACCACAGGUCUGCCCUGAGAGCAGCGGACCACACAGCGAGGACCCUCGUACGUUUCUUCACAGUGAACUCCAGGUGCAGGCGACCUGUGCACUGCUACCACUACAAGAAGACGCUCGAGGGACGGGAGGAGAAUCAACAUCUGUUUUUUUUUUUUCUUGUUUCGGUUCUUUUUUUCUCCUUUUAACUUCAGUCAGUCCAGUCCUGUGUUUGGAAAGUGAGCUGAGACCUUUAGUACAUUUUGAUGGUGAACUUUUGAUGGUUAUAUUUGUCGUCUCUUAUCUGAAAUGAUGUAUCUUUUUCGGGGAGGGGGCGGGAGGCAGAGAUUGUUAUGCGGGAGGGUCAUAUCAUUGGUUUACAGGGUAAACAUGCUGUUCAUUGCUGAUGUCAUCAUAUAUUCGGGGAGGGUCCUGAGGAACGGCAAAGGCCUGUUGACUUCAGGCAUCCGUGUGGGGGGAGAGAUGUGUUGCCACAUGGAUGGCUCUGAGACAAGUGACACUUUCUCACUGUUUUUAUAUUAACCAUGUCUGUGUUUGUUGAAACAGUUUUUGGAUAUUAAGCACUUAGUUGUCAAUCUGUUCACAAUGGCAUUUUUAAGAAUCUGUGUUUCCUGGGGCACGUGGAAAAUGGACUCAAGAACAGCAUAGAAAGCCCACUGUGGAGGUAUCCUUUAACAUCUAUGUUUUAUUUUGGUCUUGCCACUGAUCAUUUUUUCGAAUGCUCCCGCACUCAAAGCGACAAUCACAUCCCAGUCAACGACGACUCCGCCGCUUCGAGCAGGUGCAGACCAACCGUAAAGCUGCUUAAAGGCAAACUCCUCAGCAUCACACGGAGUUUGCUCGCAUUAAAGAGGUGACACACAAAAAAAAAGCCAUCUUUCUAUGACCCUUAGUCCAUGGCGUCGUCGGCUUCAGCCGGCCCGCUAGAAACUCGUCUAGGAGCUGUUGUGACGGUCUGACCUCUGACCUUUUUACUGAGACUCAACUCCUUGUCCAGGCAGAUUUUGUACAGUUAUUUCCUAGUAUUAAGUGCCAUUUAUUUUACAUACACAAUACAGUACUGAAGUUACCAAGUGACGCACAAUUUAUCUUUUGGCCCCCCAUGCCAGGGUUUAUAUACUGUCCGCGCAGGGAAAUCUGAAAACAAAAAAGCAAAUGAAACGUCCUUUUUUAAAUUUUUGUGUGCAUUUUUUUUCUCUCCCUCUUCCAAGUCCAUCACAGCCUUAGCUUUUAACAGUUUCUCACUCAUUAGAUUCAUCUAAACAAGACAAUGCUGUAUCACAGGUGUGACAUGUGUUCUCCACUACGAGACCUAUGACAUUAACAAGUGUACUUCAUCGCACCCUCUGUGUUUGUACGGGUUAGAGGAAGUCGAGGGGAAGGCAUCAGAGAAAGUUUUAUGUAACGUUAAGUUAACAUAUACUCAGAUUUUACUGGCAGUAUUUUUUAAAGGUCACCCUCUCUCUUGUGAAUGAUUCAGUGAUGUGAAAUGUUUCCGCUCCGUGACUUUGUGCAACCAGGGACGGAUUCUGUCCUCUGGCUUGAACACUCUGGAGGAACCGGAGUGAUCUUGUUUAAGUAGUUCAGAAGAGCGUCUCUCCCGUCUCUAGUUCAUUUUGUCACAGUGGAGACUAACAGCACACACACACACACACACACACACACACGACUGUUAUAGGACUACCUCCUCUUCCUCCUUCAAUCCUACCUGUUGAUGGUGAAGCAUCUAAGCGUGCCACACCUGCAAGAACGCUCAUCUCAGCCAUGUUUUAGGUCAGAUUUUUCUAUCAAGGUGAUGACUGAUUGAGGGUUUGUAAUUUCAUCAGGCAAGGCAAAAAACAACAAAAAAACAACCCCAAACAGCCAGGCUUUGUAUAUCGGUCUCUCCUCUUGUUUAUCAUUUAUCCACUGAUGAAAUUUAAGAAUGUGACGGUAAACAGACAAAGCCAUAUCCAGCUGUUCCCUAAACGGAUGACGAAACUAAAGCAUUGUUUUUAAAAGUAUAAUGAAAUGAAUUUUAACACGCAUCCAUUUUUUUUGUUUUCGUCCUUGUUGUCUUUAUUCAAUCCACAGCUGCUUUAUUACCAAUCAAAAAAAAAAAUCAUUCAAAACUUAAAAAGUCAAAGUUGAUCGCUGAUGUUUUUUCCCCCGGACUGUCCGAGGGGUG